AUGGAGAAGCAGCUGCGGGAGAUACAGAUGGAGAUCAUGCAGGAUCGAUUGGACAGCCUUGAAUCCCGCUUUGAGGAACUUGCCAACAGUUUUGCGCACGUCUCUGCUAAGCAGCUCAGCAAGCAAUGCAUCAGCUGUAUGGAAGCAAUACGAAACCUAGCUUCUGAUUGUCUGAUCGCAAACACUGAUCAAUACCUUCCUUGCUUUGACAGAACCGAGUUCAUUAGAUAUGCGCAAGAAAGCCGUCAAGCAAUGCGUUUCACUGUCGACGAAAACAACACAAUCCAACGCAUCUACCGUGAGGCCGGACACCACCGUCAAAUGACAGAAGAAGAGCGCCAUGAUCGUUUUCUGAGUCUCAAAGCCGGCGUACCGUCUGCCAAACUUUGCUUUCCGCCUUUCAACGCCCACGAAUUGUUCGUCGAGCUUGCUAUCAAUCUCGAAAACCUUACUAUCAGGGAGCUGGAAUUCCACGACCAGCCUUACGUGCCGGAUGAUGCUGCCAUCAGUCAGCCUCCACCUCCCUACGAAAGUCAAGGUCGAGGGUAUCAACACCAAGACGGUCCUCAUCCUAUGGCCGCUACAAUGCCUCGAGUCGAAGAUUCAUUCAGCAGUGGGGCAUCCUUCGAGUCUAUCGCCACGGACAUGUCUGGAGAUGAAGAGUCUAAGGAAGAUCACUUCAAGAGGUGGUCUCAACUGCAGCUUUCUGCCUACGGCAAGUAUUUGAAACUACCAGUCACGCCUCAUGUGAUCUCCGAAGUUUUAUCUCAUUACGAGAACGCCCAGGUCGAAAGGUUGGCUCUCCCAUUGGGACUCAAGCUGUAUAGGCUAUAUUUUGUAGAAGGCCGACCUGGGGGCGUGGUAUGGAAGUCUGUGAUUCCAGACCUUGACGCCGAUGGAGAUUCGAUUUCUCCUUUCGAAGAAGGUGAUAUUGAAAUUCUUACGACAACUCGUGACCGACUCAGAGACGAUAACUGGGACUCUGGAGCUGUUUUGGAAACGGAGGUACCUCCGCCUCACCCUUUGCUCCCACAUUGUAUGGUUGCAAUGGAAAGCCUCAAGCCUGAGGAGCUGAGUGAGUUUGGGCUGGUGGUUGCUUGGCGCUACUAUGGAACUCAGCCAUGGAUGGACCGCUGUGGCCACCUUGUUCCAGACGUUUGA